UUCCGGCCUUCUUUUCCUCCUGCUUGCUUUUCUUCCCUCUUUCCCCUCCUUUCCUCCCGGGUUUGUCUUGCAGAUCGUCCGUCUCUUUCUCCUCCCUGAGAAAGUUAUCAAAAAGAGGCCGGCGUGCCCUUCUCUCCCCCGGUUUCCUCCCUCUCUGCAACCCUGACCACCGCUUCACUCUUUCAGCGGGCAUUCAUUGCGAUUGACUUGUUCCGAAAACCUGAAAACCCCAUUUGAUAUCACCCCCCGAUCAACAUGAAGGGUGCUUUCCUGGCCACCGCGGCCGCCGCCCUUGCCGGUACCGCCCUGGCUGAUGGCGCUCACAUGCGUCGUGGUCACGAUGCUUUCCACCAGCGUCGUGCCGUUCAGGCCGAGCCUGAGGAGACUUGCGGCUGCACCACCGAGGUCGUCACCGUCUGGGGAUCUCCUACCCUGGUGCCUGUCGCUGCCCCCACCACCGUGACCUCCGAGGCCGUCACCACCCUCCACUCCACCAGCUACACCACCGUUACCGUUGUCGCUAGCGAAUCCGCCGCCACUGAGACUGUUACUACUGCUGAGGGUGCCGGUGCUACUGGCAUCACCGGUGGUGCUGCCGGCAGUGCUUCUCCUAGCGAGUCUACUACCCCCGUUGGUGCUACCGGCGGUGCUGCUGGAAGUGCUUCUCCUAGCACCACCGAAGGUGUCGGUGCCACCGGUGCUGCUGGUGGCAGUGUCGGCGAGAUCUCCUCCACUCCCGUCGCGGCUGCUUCUACCUCCAGCCAGGCUGUUCCCACGCCUGAGACGACCACCUUCUCCUCGACUGGUGUCUACACUAUCCCCGCUUCUACCGUGACUGUGUCCGACACCACCACCGUGCUCGCUGAUACCACUACCUCCCUGGCCAGCGGUACCCAGACCUACGGUGGUGUCACCACUAUCGUCGAGACCUCGACCACCUUCGUCUGCCCCUACGCCACCGUCAGCUCCACCGGCUCGACCGUCACCAGCGUCAUUGCGACCACUACCUACGUGUGCCCCUCUGCUGGCACCUACACCAUUGCUCCUACCACCACCUACGUUCCCUCCAACACCGUUGUGACCUACGCGACUCCCACCACCGUCUACCCCGGCACCUACACCCACAGUGCUGAGAUUGUGACCGUCACUGUGACCGACUACACCUACACUUGCCCCUUCGCCAAUGCCAACGAGCCUACCAGCACUGUUGUGUCCACUAGCGCUGCUGUGACCCCCACCGCUGCUGCUGCUACCACGACUGCCGUUGCCGAGACUACCACCGCUGCUCCUGUUACCACGAGCGCGGCCGCUGGUACCACGACCGUUGCUGGAACCACCAGCUCCGUCCAGUCUAGUUCCGUGAGCUCCGCCACCGCCGCCGUUAGCUCUGGCGUCAGCGCCAGCGGCAACAGCAUGGGAAUGACCUACACCCCUUACAGCAACUCGGGUGGCUGCAAGUCCAAGUCCACCAUCGAGUCUGACAUUGCCACCAUCGCCAACAAGGGUUUCACCCACAUCCGUGUCUACUCGACCGACUGCAGCACCCUUGAGUACGUCGGUGCCGCUGCCAAGGAGUACGGUCUCAAGAUGAUCCUGGGUGUUUACAUCUCCAGCACCGGUACUUCGGGCGCUCAGGACCAGGUCACUGCCAUCACCGAGUGGGGUGAGUGGUCUUUGGUCACCCUCAUCGUCGUCGGUAACGAGGCCAUCCAGGAUGGCUACACCACCGCCGCCGAGCUUGCCAGCUUCAUCACCUCCUGCAAGUCCACCUUCUCCGCCGCCGGCUACACUGGCCAGAUCACCACCACUGAGCCGGUCAACAUCUGGCAGGAGUACGGCAGCAGCAACCUCUGCUCUGUUGUCGAUGUCCUGGGUGCCAACAUCCACCCCUUCUUCAACUCCGAGACCACCGCCGCUGAGGCCGGUACCUUCGCCCAGUCCGAAGUCACUCUCCUGAAGAAGAUCUGUACCGACAUGGACGUCAUCAACUUGGAGACCGGUUGGCCCAGCGCCGGUAACGCCAACGGCGCUGCCGUCCCCGGUACGACCGAGCAGACCACCGCCAUCAAGGGCAUCCGCGAGUCCGUCGGCGAGCUGUCCGUCUUCUUCUCCUACGCCAACGACCUGUGGAAGGACCCCGGCGAGUACGACGUUGAGCAGUACUGGGGCUGCAUUGACCAGUUCUAAGCAUCCCGCGUGAAUGUCUAUAGUUCUUGACCAAUUUUGCUUGGAGUUUUUCUUCCAUUCUUGUAUCUGUCGUCCCGCGUUCCUCUCCGACAGGACUUGGUUUAUCUUCCCUUCUCCGUACACUUGAUCGUCAUGUAGUAGAUAUAACCUUUUUCUUCUAUACUUUAUUUUGUGUUCACUAACUGGGUUGUAUCCAUGGAUUUCUUUGUUUGUAUAGGCUAAUUCAUAACGGCUUACGAUGGCUAUAUGCAGUAGAUUCCCCUAGAAUUUGGACUGUCGAACCAUAGGACCGUUAUUUUCAGCGCCUCAUCUGCCACAUAUGCAAGGUUAGAUUGCUUCAACGGGUAAAUCUGAUCUUGUCGAUUAUCAUGCAGUAGCUUCGUGCAGUGGCGCUCUAGCUACCUGACAGCGUCAGCUAAAUUACAAUAUCA